UUUUUGUUUCCUCCUGGAGGUAAUUGUUUCACUGCCUAUCAAGAUCAUCUGUCUAAUGAAAGUUUCUUCAGCUGGUUUUCUGAUUUGAUUUUGUCUUUAGAUACACUGGAAUUAUACCGCAUCGAUAAUGACACGAGGACUCCAAUUACUUUGAUUAAAAAAGGCAUUGCGUGGUGGACAGAUAAAAAUGUAAAGUUCAGGAAUCCUACAGGAGAUGGAAACAACUUAACUGCUCUUUUCCAAGGCACAACAAAACCUGUAAACUGGCCCAAACCAGUGUACAUGCUGGAUACGGAGUCCGACAACAAUGGCUUCAUCAAUGAAGACUUCAUUGUGUGGAUGAGAACUGCUGCUCUGCCAACUUUUCGCAAGCUGUAUCGUCUCAUCGAGAGGAAGAAUAACUUACAGCCUACCUUGCAGGCUGGAAAAUAUUCCUUGGAUAUUACAUACAAUUAUCCUGUACACAGUUUCGAUGGACGAAAAAGGAUGAUCCUAAGCACCAUCUCAUGGAUGGGAGGCAAAAACCCCUUUCUGGGAAUUGCUUACAUCACUGUUGGGUCCAUAUGCUUCUUCUUAGGAGUGGUAUUGCUGAUCAUUCAUCACAAAUACGGCAAUCGAAACACUAGUGCAGACAUUCCCAAUUAAUCUUGCAUCCUGAAAAUAAAUGUACUGCAUGUGCAUCAAGGCCAGUCCAGAAUGGACCCAGUUCUUUUGAAAGAUAAAUCUCUGCUUCUGUCACUUGUGAGACUGGGUACAUAAUUUUUAUCUAAAGCUCCCCUUUCCCAUACUGUGGGUUAACUCUUGAAAAUGACAGGUAUACAAUUAGCUCUAUUGAUUGUAUCUCUGCCUAUGUCAGAAACAGUUUUUCUGAUGUUAGCCUCUAACUGGGCAGGCCACAUGAUGCAUAUAGCUCCUGUUCCCUUGAUGCAUCUGCUGCUUGUUCCCGUGCUGUGUAAUGUCAGUAUGAUUCAGUACAUUUAGGUUGUGUGGAGAAAGACUGUUAUAAGAUACUGUAAAUUGUUAACUCUCCAGAAUUCAGGUGUCAGUGCUGUUGAAAGGAAAAGUCAAGUCUUAAAUGUUUUUUUUCAAUUUACUGUCUUGUGUGCAUGGGCUCUUACAUUUCUUGCUGAGAUUUUAAUAUAUUUAUAUAAGUUGUUAAAUAUUUUUCCUGUGUCCUACCCACCUCUGUUAUGUUAAAUCCUUUGAGUGCUGCAUAAACUUCAGCACUCUGGAUUCUUUGUAUAUUUACAAUGUAUGUGCCUGGCCAGUAAAUGAGCA